AUGAAACAGUCUACCUCCCCCUUCAAAGUCACAAACUGGGUCGACCCCAAGGAUAAGUCGGGCGAGUUCAAGCGCCAAGUAUCCUCGUUUCGCGAGUGGAUCUCUAGCGAGCCUGGUGCCAAAUUCCCGCCUGAGAAGGGCCGGUAUCACUUGUAUAUCAGCUAUGCCUGCCCCUGGGCGACGCGCGUGAUUAUUGCCAGAAAGCUCAAGGGUCUGGAGGACUUCAUCACCGUCUCGGCGGUGCACUGGUCCCUCGGUGAGAAGGGAUGGCGCUUCCCGACGGCCGAGGACAAGGACAUCGAGGGCGAGAAUGUCAUCCCGGACCCUCUCCACGAAGACUUCACGCACCUCUCCGAGGUCUACUUCGAGUCUGACCCCAACUACGGCGGCCGCUUCACUGUUCCUAUUCUAUACGACAAGAAGCAGAAAAUUAUUGUCAAUAAUGAGAGCAGUGAAAUCCUGCGCAUGUUUGGCACUGUGUUCGACGACCAGCUUGAUGAAGGCCACCGCAACGUCGUGCUCUACCCGGCUGCCCUACGCACCCAGAUCGAUGAGGCGGGCGAGUGGCACUACGACAAGAUCAACAACGGUGUAUACAAGUCCGGCUUCGCCACCACGCAGGAAGCCUACGACAAAAACGUCACCGCGCUCUUUGAGGCGCUCGACCGCGCCGAGGCACACCUUGCUGCCGGUGAGGGGCCGUAUUACCUUGGUAAAGAGCUGACUGAGGUUGAUAUCAGGCUGUUUGUCACCAUCAUCCGGUUCGAUCCCGUCUACGUCCAGCACUUCAAGUGCAAUAUCAAAGACAUCCGUUCCGGCUACCCCCACAUCCACAAGUGGAUGCGCAACCUAUACUGGAACGUCCCCGCCUUCAAGGAAACGACCAAUUUUUUGCAUAUCAAGAACCACUACACCAAGUCGCACACGCAGAUCAAUCCCUACUCUAUCACACCCCGGGGCCCGCUGCCCGAUAUCCUGCCGCUGGACAAAGAAGUCCCAGCUGUUGAGGCUGCCAAGGCUGGCAAGGUGUGA